AUGCCUGUUGCCCUCUUUAUACUUCCACAAGGGCUUGCCAAGAAAACAUCCACUUCUCCCAGACCACGCGAGCCCCAGACGACCGGCAUUCCCACGGCUCAUCUCGCCACAGGUGAAGCCGUGGCUCCGAGUUGCCAGGGCAGGAUGAUCAUUAAUAUCCAAACUCUUUCCGACGCCUUUCGUGUUGAUACGGGGCUCAUCAAAACAACAACGUCCUCUGCCCAACUACGCACGUCCGACACAUGUGAGCCGGCUAUCAGGCCUGUCAUGGUGAUCACUGGCCCGUUUCCACUGACCCUACUCAGCCCCAGACUCUGCCCUGGUUAG